ACGCGCGAGUUUUGGUGCCGCCGCCGCUGCCGUCGCUGUCGCCGCAGCCCCCGCCUCGGAGGCGAGUGCGUCUGCCAAGGAGGCCCGCGCGGCGUCAUGGAGGUGGUGGAGGCCGCCGCGCAGCUGCAGACGCUCAAGUUCGGCAGCUCCGGCCAGGGGCCUGCGGCACCGGCGGCACCGGGGGCACCUGAGGAGCCCCGGGAAGCCGAGCAGGCGGAGCGGGCCCCGCCGGCAGGGGAGCAGCCGCCAGCCCGGAGCGCCGACGCCGACGGAAACCCGCCGCAGCUCGACCGGCCGCCCCUAAGCGAGGCCUGCGUCACCGGCCCGGACGCCGCGGAGCCGCCGCCAGCCCUGCAGGCCUUGGACUCAUCGGAUUCGGACUCGGAUUCGGACAGUGAAACGGAUUCGGAUAGUUCAAGCUCCUCCUCUUCAUCCUCAUCUUCAUCUUCUUCCUGUGUAUCACUUCCUCCAGUGCUGUCAGAUGGAGAGGAAGAUAUACAAGGUGAAAAGGAAAACAAGAAUUUUCCUCUUAAAACAAAAGAUGAGUUGCUGCUUAAUGAACUGCCUUCUGUUGAAGAAGUGACUGUUAUUUUGCCCGAAGACAUUGAACUAAAGCCUCUUGGGAAUGUUUCAAGCAUUAUUGAACAAUUAGUAAUAAUUGAGUCUCUGACUAACAUGCCUCCAGUUAAUGAGGAUACUGUCAUUUUCAAAAGUGAUCGACAAGCAGCAGGAAAGAUAUUUGAGAUCUUUGGACCUGUUGCCCAUCCAUUUUAUGUAUUACGGUUUAAUUCUUCAGACCACAUUGAGAGUAAAGGCAUCAAAAUAAAGGAUACUAUGUAUUUCGCUCCAUCUAUGAAAGACUUCACUCAGUAUAUAUUCCCAGAAAAACUAAAACAGGACAGAGGAUCGGAUGCCUCUUGGAAGAAUGAUCAGGAACCACCUCCAGAAGCUUUGGAUUUUAGUGAUGAUGAAAAAGAAAAAGAAGCCAAACAAAGGAAAAAGUCUCAGAUUCAAGGGCGGAAAAAACUCAAAUCCGAAUUGAGUGAGUCAGGUGAAGAUUUUGGUGAAGUGCAUCAGAAUUGGAAUGCUUAUGGCUCUUCUUCAGAAUAUUCGAGGGGAUAUCACAACACGGAAUUCACAAGGGGCCUUCCCAGGGGCAGAUAUUCCCGAGGAAGCCACAGCAGGCCUCCCCCUCAGCAGUUGUAUAACUCAGAUCAAAUGGCAUCUCAAGAGACUUUGGGAUUUCCACCUCAGAGACAAGAUAAUCCUGUCAUGCCGCACUAUCCCUUUGCCCCUCCCAUGUUUGAUAUGCAUAACUUUUCACUCCCUCCCCCACCCCCACCCCCUUCUGUAAGUAUGGGGUGGGCUUCACCUAACAUGGCCUCUCAUCCCUUACUUAAUUUACCAUACUCCCUACCACCACCACCCCCUCCCCCGCCUCCUCCCCCUCCCUCUCCUGGAGAGAAUAAUUCUUCUCAUUUUGGACCUUACUAUUAGGUAUAUGCUUGUAUUUCAGAAAAAUAUGGACUAUUAAGAUUAUAUGUUAAAGACUUUUUUUAAAGGAAAAUCUAUCAUGGAACUAGAUUUUUUAAAAGAUAUUGUAAAAUAGUAAAUGAAAUGACUCAUUUAUAUGUUCAUAUAUUUUAAAUGACUGUUGUAAGUUCAUAUAUAUUUGUGACCUUUGUGAAAUGCUGUUCAUCUCAUUCUUAGAGAAAAAUCCAAUUUAUGUAAUAUCUAAGUAAAAUGUUGAAUCAUGUCCCACACUACCCCAUCACCAAACAGUAUGCGUUGUCAUGGCUGUUAAAUAUGCCUCAGUAAUGUGCUGAACACUGUCUUCUUAGUAUAAUCAUAAAGUAAGAUGUUCAAGUCCUA